UUUCUCUUCAGAGGGAACAUGUGUGAAGGCCCUGAAGUAGGAAAGGGCUUGGCAUGCUUAAGGCCAAGGAGCCCAAAGAGGCAGGUGUUCAGCCAUGCUGGGAGUGUGGUCCUUGCUUUUGCUCUGGGGCCUGGCUACCCCAUGCGAGGGGCUGCUUGAGACCGUGGGCACGCUUGCUCGGAUCGACAAGGAUGAACUCGUCAAAGCCAUCCAGAACUCACUGGUCGGGGGGCCCAUUCUGCAGGAUGUGCUGGGCACAGUGACAUCACUGAACCAAGGCCUCCUGGGCUCCAAGGGGCUGCUUGGAGGAGGUGGCCUGCUGGGCUACGGAGGGAUUUUCGGUGUGGUGGAGAAGCUCUCUGGCCUGAAGAUCGAGGAGCUCACACUGCCAAAGGUGUCACUGAAGCUGCUACCAGGGUUUGGGGUGCAGCUGAACCUUCACACCAAGGUUGGCCUGCAUGGCUCAGGCCCCCUGGGGGGCCUCCUGCAGCUGGCAGCUGAGGUGAAUGUGUCGUCGCGUGUGGCCCUGGGCGUGAGCUCACGGGGGACGCCCAUCCUGGUUCUCAAGCGCUGCAGCACGCUGCUAGGCCACAUCAGCCUCCUCUCAGGGCUGCUGCCUGCACCCCUCUUCGCAGUGGUGGAACAGACGCUGUUCGAGGUGCUACCUGGACUGCUGUGCCCCGUGGUAGACAGUGUGCUGGGCGUGGUGAAUGAGCUCCUGGGAGCCACACUUUCCCUUGUGCCUCUCGGUGGUCUGGGGGCUGUGGAGUUCACUCUGGCCACCCUGCCCCUCAUCUCCAACCAGUGCAUAGAGCUGGACAUCAAUCCCAUUGUGAAGAGCGUAGCCGGUGACAUCAUUGAUUUCCCCAAGCCCCACAUCCCGAUCAAGGUGCCCCCCAAGGAGGACCACACAUCCCAGGUGACUGUGCCACUGUACCUCUUCAGCACUGUGUUCGGGGUCCUGCAGACCAAUGGUGUCCUGGACACAGACAUCACCUCCGAACUGGUUCCCAGCAACAUUCUGAUGACCACCUCAGGCCUGGCAGCUUUGGUCCCAGAGGCCCUGGGGAAGUUACCCCCAGGCCAGCAUCUCCUACUUUCACUGAGGGUGAAGGAAGCACCCACCAUCUCGCUGCAGAAAAAGAAGGCCACGGUCUCCAUCCCGGCUACCAUCCACGUGCUGUCUGCUGUCCCUCAGGGGACCCCUUCAGCCCUCUUCCAGCUGAACGAGGUGCUGAUUCUAAAUGCCCAGCUGGCUCCCUCAGCCACCAAGCUGCACCUCUCCCUGUCCCUGGAACGGCUCAGUGGCAAGCUGGUCUCCUCAGCCUACACCUUUGAUGCAUCCCAUUUGGAAGAAUGGCUCAGUGAUGUGCUCCGGGCUGCAUAUGUGCCAAAGCUCAAUGUGGACCUGCAGGUUGGAAUUCCCCUGCCUAAGAUUCUCAAUGUCAAUUUUGUCAGUUCAAAUCUGGACAUCAUCGAGAACGCCGUUGUGCUCACUGUGGCAUCCUGAGGCUCCCAUGGCUGCCCUCACUCCCUGUUGACUACCAGAGCCCUGGCUAUCUGCACUCAGCUUCCCCCUCAGUCUCUGGCCUGUGUCGGUGACAGUAUAAUGACUCCUACCCACCUGGGCCCACCUUGCCCAGUGCCCUGCGGCUCUGCCCCCAUCUGGGUGGGGAUUGUGGACCCACCAUGGACCUGCUCACAGCACUCCAGUCCUCUGCAAAAGUCCCAGGCCUCAAUAAACUACUCC